UCAACUAUUCAGAUUCGGCUGUAACAAGAUGGGUUUCACGACAUCACUGGCAGUCUGUGUUAUUCUGUCGAUGUGUUUGGAUUUGAAAGUUGAAAGUUUGGAAGAGCGGCAUUCUCUGCACUAUGUGUACACGGCCCUGUCAAAGCCAGUCUCUGCACCUGGAAUCUACGAAUUUACUGCUAUGGGCCUACUGGACGACAAGAAGAUUGAUUACUAUAACAGCAGAGACAAGGUCAAGAUUCCUCAACAGGACUGGAUGAAAGAAAAGCUUCCAGCGGAAUACUGGAACCAAGGCACCCAGUCACGCAAAAGCAAAGAGCAGUGGUUCAAAGUCAAUGUAAACAUUCUGAUGGAACGCAUGGGACACGACAACUCAGGUGAGUCCCAACACAUCCUGAUAGCAUAG